AUUAUACAGCUAUCUGUACGCAACAUACGCACGGUAAUAGCCUUGCAUUCAAGGAAUUGUAAGCAGGCGGUUUGCCAUUGAGCGGCUCAGGUUCACUCUCAUAACCGGCUGGCGAGUGGAGCUGAAUAAGCAUCUGGAACCCAUUAAGGUCACUGAAGGAUCGCUCUGCUGAGCAACAGGGCUGAGGCAACCAAGUUCUAGGACGCUAGCUUUGCGGUUUGGCGGAUCCGCCUGUCAAGGGGCCCCAGGCCGCUUUGCCCGGGGCCCCUCGGUCAGGGGCCCGGAGCACCAGCCAAGGAGCAGCGGCAGCAGCCCCUGCCAUGAUCACCAAUCCCCAUGCGGAUGCGACCACGGCAACCAAGACUGCAGCCGCAGUUGUAACCGCCACAACCGCCUACCCAACCACCACAGCCCUAACAACCACAACCACCGCGACUAACGGUCGGCCUGGAGGAGGCCUAGGGGCACUCCUACCUCGCACCGGCCCGGAUCGCUCCUCCUCCGCUUUCACAGCGUACGUUCCUAGGUCGUCCGCAACACCCUCGGCGGCGGCGGCGCCGCCGGCCCCGUCGCAUGCAGCAGCCCUGAACGGUCAUGACGUCGCCUCUGCAGCCGCCGCCGCCGCCGCUGGCGAGCCGUUGUCAGCGACCACCAGUGGUGGUGUAGUUGGCGGUGCUGGUGGUGGUGGUGAUGGUGGUGCGGCGCUCAGUAACGGCGCAACGGUGCACGGAACUACAACAAGCAUUGCGACUCGCGGCCGCAGCAAUUCUGUUGAAGUAACGACAGCAGCAGCUCACCAGACGCUGAACGGUGGCAGUAACCACCAUGGUCACGGCAGCAACGGUAAUAACGGUAAUAACGGUUGUUACGGCAAUGGUGAUUCUGGUCUGGGCCCUAGCCGCAGCCACCAGAGUCGCAGCCAACAGCUGCCGGCGUCGGUAGCUACGUCACGGCGCUUGGAAGGAGGCGGCAGCAGCGUUAGUCCUCCGUACAUCCGAAGGCACCACGUGGUUGCUCAUGCACCCUCUCAGUCUCACCAGCCUCAUCCGCAUGCUCAUCUUCAGCAGCACCCUCGUUCACAGCUCCAUUGGCCGCUGCCUCGGUCCGAGUCGCAGGCCUACAAUGACAUCCAAGACGAACGCCGGGAACGUGUUGGCCGUGGUUCUUGCAGUCGCCAGGAUUUGAACGCGGCCAGUCGUCUGGUUGAGCUUGCAGCCGCAGCGGAAGCUGAGGCAGAAGCGGCGGCGGCAGCCGCCGCAGCCGCCGCAAGCACGGCCGCCGCAGUUACAGGUGCCAGGUCGGGAUCUGGGUCGGGGUCUGGAUCCGGUUUUGGAUCUGGAUCGGGUUCUGGUUCUGCUUCUCCGACGAAUCUGCUCCCCAAGAGCGACGAUGGUACGGCACUGAGGUGCUCGGCCCGUGACAUUGACGCCGACGGAGAUGAUGACGAGGCGGAGGCUGACGCCGACGCGUACGACACCGUUGACGGCGCCGCCGCCGCUGGCACCGCCGCCGACGGCGUCGAAGACCAAGAUGCGGAAGACGAUCGCGACGCCGACGACGCCGGGUUCUUUGAUUACGACGUCGACGUCAAGUCAUCAGUGGGUGUCAUGACGGCAGCAGCGGCGGCGGCGGGAAAUGCAGAUGCUGGAGGGCGAAGCCGUGUGCGCGACUGGAGCCGGGGAGCGAGCCCGGUUGCAAGGGGCCACGGCCAUGCUGGUGCGGGCGGUUCGCAGCACCUGGCUGCGAUGAUGCUAGAGAUGGCGCAAGCGGGUGGGCGGCUCAUGCCUGGCGCCGGCGGCGCCGCCGCCGCCACCGUAACAACAACGACGACUAAGUUGACGAACCUGAUGUCAGCGGCACCGCAACACCAACAGCAGCAACACCAGCAGCAGUUGCUACAGCUCCUAGCGGCUCAGCAGCAGCAACAACAGCAGCAGCAGUUGAUGUUGCAAGGUGCGGGGGCAACGCAGCUAUCAGAGCUGGUUUCCUUACUGCAGGCCGGUGCCGGCACGGGAGGUGCCGGAACGGCAGGCGGCGUCGGAAACGCCUCGGCCGUACAGGUCGCAGCCCUGCACCAGCAUCUAGCUACACAGGAGCAGCUGCAGCAGCUACUACAACAGCACCACCAGCAACAGCAGCAGCAGCAAGUGGCGUUGCUGCUACAGCUGCAGCAGGUCUUGCAAGGCGGAGGUGGGCUGCAUGGCGGCGCUGGCAACGCCGCUGGGUUGGCGGCGGCAGGCGGUGUUCUCGGCUUGGGCGGUCUUGCAAAUACGCUGUGCGGCGGGGGCCUGGCAGGAGUCGGCCCGGGCGGCAUGUUGGGCCAGGUUAUGGGCGUGCUGGGUCCGCAAUCUGUGCUAAUGGGGGCUAGCGGUGCUCCUGCGGGCUUAGCGGCCAUGCUGGGGAAUGGUGGUGGCGGCGGUGGAGGUGGUGGUGCUGGCGUCGCCCUCAUGCAACAGCAGCAGCAGCAUCAGUUCAGUCUGAACGGCUGUUUGGCGUCUUCUGGGCAGAAGCAAGGGCAUGUGCAUGCGCAGCAGGUGGGGCAGCAGCCUGGCAGCGGCUUGGCGACUUGUUCUGCUGGAGGGACGCUGCUGCAGCCGCCGCAGACGCAUGCACAGCUGCGGCGAGGGUCGCCCACACCGCAGCAACAGCAGCAGCAGCAGCAAAUCCAACAGCAGCAGCAGGAGCUGCAACGAGAGCGGAGAGAGUGUGUUAAAGUAGAGGACGAGGAGGAGGAUGCGGCCGACUGUAAACAGCAGCAAAAGCAACAUAAACGCGGCUCGGGAAUCUUGCAAGCUCCUAAACCCCGUCAGCAGCAACAACAACAACUUCAGAAUCCAGCAAACCCGGAAUCACCACACGAGCUAAAAGAACAACAACAACAACGGCAGCAACAGCUGCAACAAGGAGAGGCACGUGAGCUUCAUCUCAAGCACCAACACCAACAACGAGAGCAGCAACAGCAACAAGAAAGGCAACUUCGAGAGCGUGGAGAGGCACACGUCGAGUCAGAUCACAUGCAAGAACAGGAGCAGGAGCGACAGGAGCAGGACCUGCAACAGCAGCAGCAGCAGCAAGAGACCUUGGGAAUCCUAGCACAAGACUGUGAGCAGCCGGCGCCCUCGUCGUCGUCGCCGCAGCAGGCGCAGCACGACCAGCAUCAGGCGCAGCCGCAAGCUACCGCUGCGGCUACCGAACAGCUGUCCCCACCUCCGCCAGCAGCAGCACAGUACGACGAGUUUGCUGACAUCACUAACGCCCAGCUGGAGGGCGCGAUGGAGGGCGAGGAGGAGCUCGAGGAACGAGAAGAGGACGCGGAUUCGGAGGCCAUGGAGGUUGACGGAGGCGAGGUUCCGGAUGAGGCAUCAGCUCUGGACGAGCGCAUGUGGCUGACUCUUGGCGACAACGACACGGAUAAGGGCUGCCAGGUGUCCCUCAUUCCGGCGUCGCCGCUACGACUGGCCUCCUGUCUGCCAACCAGCCGACCCGCAACCGCACUCUGCCAUGCCGUUGGCGGCGGCGGCAGCAGCGGUGCGGGCGGCGGCGGCGGCAGUGGCCUAAAGCGCAAGGCAUCCUUGCUCGGCCCCACCGCUGGGGGGGCUGCUGCUGCCGGCGGCGGCGGCAGCAGCGGCGCAUGUGCCUCCGGCGGCAACGGCGGCGGCAGCGGCAGCGGCAGUGGCGAGGAUCAGAACGGCUCCGCAACCGGCGAGGGCGCCGACGGACUGUGCAAGGCGCCCAAAAAGCCGCGCAUCAACUGGAGCCAGGAGCUACAUGCGCGCUUCCUGAAUGCCAUGUUCCAGCUGGGUAUAAAGAACGCAGUGCCCAAGACCAUCCUACAGCUCAUGAACGUGGAGGGCCUCACGCGCGAGAACGUGGCCAGCCACCUCCAGAAGUACCGCAUCCUCCUGAAGCGGCACGCGCAGCUGCCCGCCAAUGCGCCACUCACUGCGGAAAACCUUCGCAAGCUGGAGUACGUGCAACAGGCCGUUCAGCAAAGCAUGCAGCAAAGCCUGGGUCUGCAGGCAGCAGCAGGCGGAGCCGGUGGCGGCCCGGCGCUUCUGAACGUCCCCCUCGGCGGCCCCGUUGGCGGCAGCUCCCUAAGCUACCAGGACCUGCUGAGUCAGCUCUCCGCCAUGACGGCACAUGCGCCGCCGCCGGCGAUUGCACCGCCGGCGGCAGUGGCAGCCGUAGCGGCACAGCGCGCCGGGGGUGUGGCGACGGCAGCUGCGGUGCCGCCGCCGCCGUCGGCCGCCGCCGUCGCAGGUGCGCCAUCGGCGCCAAUCGUGCCGCCAGGAGCGGCAGCGACAUUACACGGGCUUCAACGCGCCGCCGCCGUCGCGGCCGCGGCAGGCGGCGUCGCCGGUCCGGCCGCCGGCGCUGCCGCAGCUGCUGUGGCUCCCGCCGCCGCCGCAGCGGCGGGUCAGCCCGGCGGAGGCGUCAUGGGCGCACUGGCCUCCGCCUCCGCUGCCACUGCCGUACCCAUCCCCUUGUGUUCCGUACCCGUCGGCGGCCUCAACGGUCUGAACGGUCUUAACGGCGGUCUCAAUGCAGUGAUUGGCGGCAUCGGUGGGCUCAAUGCGUUGAACGGCAUCAACGGACUAAACGGUUUCGCCGGCCUAAACGGUCUCAACGGUCUCAACGGUCUCAACGGCCUUAACGGCAUAGGGACGUUGGCGGCUGCCGCCGCUGCGGCGGGCCUCAGCAGCAUUGGCGGCGGCCCCGGCGGCAGCGGAGGCCUGCCCAACGCCCUAGCUGCUGGGCUGCCUGCCGGUUUGGGUGCUGCCCUCUCAGCAGCCGUUCCCAAUGGCAUUCCGGGCCUUUCUACCCUAACCGUCAAUCCUAACGGCAACACUAACGGCUUGGGAUUCAAUCCGCCAGUGACGUUGGUCGCGCCGGGCGCGCUUGCCGGCCUUGCGGCCGCUGCUGGCGGCGGUGGUGGCGGAACCGCAAUGCCCGCAGUAUUGCUCCAGCAACGCAGCCCGAUAGCAGCCUCCACUGCUGCUGCUGCUGCCGCCGCCGCCGCCGCUGCUGCUGUUGUCUCAAAUGGCACGUUCCAUGGCCAAGGCCGACCGCCUCAUCCCCAGCUUGGUGCGUCUGCUUCUCAUGCUGUCGCCUCGGCAACGGCGGCAGCAGCAGCAGGUGGUGGAGGUCAUCUGGCCUCUGCUGCUGCAGCUCCCUCGGCAACGGGGUCUGGACAGGGCCUUACGUCAGCUGCUAGCGUCAACACAGCUACGCACUAAAGUGGCCUCGUUUGCCCGGUGCGUGCGACAGGGUAAUCUCCAAGGAGCAACCAUUUUCAGUUGUACGACAGGAAAACGUGAUGAAGAGUUUAAGGAAAGAAAGAGGCGAGAAGAAAAUAGCCUAUGGUUAUAUAUUUCUGUUGCGGUGGGAGAGCGACCGAGUGCAGAAUGCGAUGUAAUACCGUUUUGUAUGUGUAAGGCGGCGUGCGUGUGUGAGAUGUCAGGCACCGGUAUGGGGUGCGGUUUUGCAUGUAGGUCUACCGCUCUGCACAUGUGGUAGGUUGCAACCCGCGGAGGCAUCUCAGGUGAGGCACCGGUGUCCGGCCAAUGGGCUGUUUGUACGAGGAGAGUGGAUCGUCGCGGUUUCCCUCAGUGGGUUGCUAGUAAACAUGUUCGGGGCUAGGGUGAAGGGGGUAAGGGGCGAGGUGUGGCGGGAUUCAGUGCAUGGAGGGCCAGUUACAUGAUGUGAGUGUGCCUUGGGAUUUUGUGUGGUGUGUGGGUCAGCGUCAAUUAAUAAACAGGUCGCGUUCUCGACUGACCUCGUGCUCGUUUUCCGGUCAACACUGUGAAAGGGGGUUAAGAUCGUCACCGGCCCCCAAAAAACUUGUGCGUUUCGGAGAGAAAGAUAGAGAGUGCCAUGUUCCAAACCUGUUUUACUUCUUCCUUGCAGGUUUGGUGUGGCGGCGGUUUCCGUGUGUGCAUUUGAGAUGCGAAAAGUGCAUGUGGUGCAAUGCAAACCUUUCCCAGUUUUCAUUAGCUGAGUCGUUUGUCAGUUACCGUUGGUGCGUUAAUUGCAACCAACCAACCGGUAACUACUGCGACUGCAGCCGUCAGCGGCUGUGUCGUACAGCGCUGUGGGAAUUUUGAUGUUUUGUGUACUACCUUACUUAUCGCUUUAAUCAAGAUCGCGUCAUUUUGCAGACAAUGAGAGGCGCAGUUCCGCUGAGAGCGUGUCAGGACAGGCUGCAUCGAGUACAACAUGACGGCGCGGCGUGCUUGGGUUGCGCGAUUCACAUCACAUUGACGUGCAUGGACUGCAAAGGAUUCCAACUGUCGGUUUACCGAUGUCGUACCGCAACGACUGUGCAUUUGUUCCGCCGUACGCACCAAAGCAUUGUUGUUGCUUGUGCGGCGUUGGUAUCGGGGCUAGACGUAUACAUUAAGCUCGGCUGGCACGGGCACAACUUAACUUGGAUAGCAAAAUUGAAGGAGGGGAAAGGGUUGAAGUUGCUGUGAAUGAUGGGAUGGUGGUGCUAUUGCUACAUACCAGUGUACCAGGAGUAGUGCGCAGUAGUACCGGGAGUUAUGGCGACGCCGUUUGCUCAUACGUUGACUAUGCGCUACGAAUGCAAAUAUGGACCCAAACCGAGGAUGACUACUUGAUGAAAUGACUGAGACUCGCUUGCUUAAGAUUCUUUCUGAUACGGAUUCGGCCAAUCUGUCAGGAAAACACCGGGGUAACGCCAUGCCCUGGCUUUCCGUGCUGUGCCAUGCUUCUGCUGUGCUUGUCUCGUGCCAUGCCUGGGGCUGAGAAAGCGUGAAUUACUAUUCAGAUGCCGAUGGGUACGCUGUGCCUUGCAGUCAUGUGGGUCAGGGAAAUUUGGUGAGGUGGCGCAGUAACAGCCACAUAGGUCUCGCCACAUAGGUGCUGGUUUCCGUAUGCGAGCAUGCCGUCCUACCACGUCGCGUAUGGAGGUUGGGUAAGAGAUACGGGCAACGUCGGAUCUUCUGGGAGCUAGUUCUGCCCCUGCUUCUCGCACGGGCAUAUGGACUUGAGAGGUAGUGGAGCGGGAGAGUCGGAGUGGGAGGGGGGGGGCUACGCUGCAACAGUUACUCCUGGAGAUGUCGGGG